AUGAACUCUGCGUCAGAACAAGGGCGAGCGGCCAACAGCUCGCUACAAGGAGCAGCAGCUUCUGAGGUAGAUGCGAUAACGAAUGCUUCGAAGUUGGGUCAGAAAACCAACGAGCGAAAGAAUCAGUUGGCGUCGCCUGCCGGUGACGAUGCUCGGGCAAGCAUGAGUGGCAAUGACCCUACGCUGAUUGAUGACGAGCUUGAGACGUUGUACUCGAAGUUUCAGGAGAAGUUUACGCAAGGGGUCUCCGACGAAGGCCUUGCAGCUGAGGACCGGGUCGGCUGGGAUCAAAAGGCACGCAAGUUGCGCCACGAAGACAUGAAGAUCCGCGCGUUAAAUCGCAACGGCAGAGUUGACUACAGCAUCCAGGAGUAA